AUGGGGGCCUCGAACUCGGUAGUCUCAAGCCCAGCCGCGGCGCCAACGAAGAAGUGUUUAGAAUGCCAAGAGAACAGCUCUUUGUUGAAAGAUUGCGAGCUCUUAGAGGACAUGUUCGAGGAAAUAUAUGAACAUGGAACUGUUGUAGCACAACUAUUGGCAGCAAAUUCGGAAAUUGUAACAUUGAUUGUUGGAGAGGAGAAAGUACGAAUCACUUGUCAUAAGGCCCUGCUUGGUUACUUUUCAAGAUUCUUCGAAGCCGCGCUCUACGGCGGUUUCAGUGAAGCUGCUGCCAUGGAGAUUUCUCUGCCUGACGAGAAGGUGGAGAAUAUGAAAUGCUUCGUGGCGUGGUUGUACAUUGGUAGUUUGAUGAUUGCGUGCAAUCGCGGUGUCGUUGAAAUAAAGAACACCCACGAGUACGAUAGCAACGGCGUUGAGAUUUGUUCUCAUGGGAGAGAAAAUGGACCGGAAACUCAUGAGCGUAAGCUCAAUGUUCUUUCACUAUGGGUUCUCGGAGACAAACUUAUGUGUCCAUCAUUUGCGAACAGCGUCAUCAAUGCGUGUCUUAUCUUUUAUGAUGACGAGUCUCCUUACGAAUUGCCGGAAGUCAAAUAUGUGUUUGAGAACACGACGCCUAAUUCCGAACUUAGGGUCUUGUUCAAAAGGUUAAUAGCGGCAGAUGGGCCGUUGCGAAAAGGGCGACAUACUGAAGACAAAAACACGACUGAGCGCGAGGCGUGGCUGUCAAUCUUAGAAAAUGGUGGAGAAAUUGUGAGAGAGUGUGUCCAGGACGGCUUCACGAAUUACAUUCCAAGAGAUGACAAAGAGUCGCCAUUUGCAAAGGAAAACCUGGCCAAAUUCAUGCAAAAUGUCCCAGAAAUCACAGCAGAAGAGUGGAUUAAGAAGAGAUGCCCAUGA